ACUAAAUAAAUGUCCACAAUCUAAUAAAUAAUAAUAAAAAAAAGUCUAUAAAUAUCCCCAAAUAUGACUCUUUCACUACAUCUGAUCUUACCCACAACCAACAUGAAAGACCUAACUUGGGUUUCCUACACGGCCAUUUGGCUCGCCACGGUGGCACUCAUCCUCCUCUCCAAACGUCUCCGCCGCCGUAAACUAAACUUACCACCCGGCCCAAAACCCUGGCCCAUAAUCGGAAACCUCAACUUAAUAGGCCCAUUACCACACCGCUCCAUUCACGAGAUCUCCAAGAAGUACGGCCCAAUCAUGCAACUCCAAUUUGGGUCACACCCAGUGGUAGUUGGUUCCUCAGUCGAGAUGGCCAAAGUAAUCCUCAAAACCCAUGACGUAAUCUUCGCCGGGCGUCCCAAAACAGCGGCCGGAAAGUACACAACUUACAACUACUCCGACAUCACAUGGUCCCCUUACGGGCCAUACUGGAGACAGGCCCGAAAAAUGUGUCUGAUGGAGCUGUUCAGUGUUCGAAGACUAGACUCGUACGAGUACAUAAGGAAGGAAGAAAUGAAUUCCUUGCUUAAGGGCCUGAACGAGUCCGCAGAGAAGCCGAUCACCCUAAAAGAGCACCUAUCUAAUGUGAGCCUUAACGUGAUUAGCCGAAUGGUGCUUGGGAAAAAGUACACGGACGAGUCUGAAAACGCCAUCGUUUCACCUGAGGAAUUCAAAAAAAUGCUUGAUGAGCUUUUCUUGCUUAGUGGAGUACUUAACAUCGGUGAUUCGAUACCUUGGAUCGAUUUCUUGGACCUUCAGGGGUACAUCAAGAGAAUGAAGGCCCUGAGUAAAAAGUUUGAUAGGUUUUUGGAACAUGUGCUGGAUGAACAUAACGAACGAAGAAAGGGUGUCAAGGAUUACGUAGCCCAAGAUAUGGUCGAUGUGCUUUUACAGCUCGCUGAAGAUCCAAAUCUUGAGGUUAAGCUUGAAAGACAUGGCGUCAAGGCUUUUACCCAGGAUCUAAUAGCGGGUGGAACAGAGAGCUCGACAGUGACAGUGGAAUGGGCAAUCUCAGAGAUGUUAAAGAAGCCAGAUAUUUUCGAAAAAGCAACCGAAGAAUUAGACAGAGUGAUUGGAAGAGAGAGAUGGGUUGAAGAGAAAGACAUAGAUAAGCUACCCUACAUUAAUUCCAUCGUUAAAGAGACCAUGAGAUUGCACCCUGUGGCUCCCAUGUUGGUCCCAAGAUUUACCAGAGAGGAUUGUCAAGUGGCGGGCUAUGACAUUCCCAAGGAUACUAGAGUCCUAGUCAAUGUGUUUACCAUAGGGAGGGACCCUAGCUUAUGGGAUCAACCAGAGGAGUUUAUGCCCGAAAGGUUUCUUGAUAAGUCGAUUGAUGUGAAAGGCCAUGAUUUUGAGCUCCUUCCAUUCGGUGCUGGCAGGCGUAUGUGCCCUGGUUACAGUCUUGGUCUAAAGGUGAUUCAGUCCAGUUUGGCUAAUCUCUUGCACGGUUUCACAUGGACCUUACCACCCAACAUGAAGAAAGAGGAUUUGGACAUGACUGAAAUUUUUGGGCUUUCAACACCCAAGAAGUUUCCUCUUGUUGUAAUUUCUAAGCCUCGACUUUCACCUCAUCUUUAUGGUCAUGGCCUGUAAUAAGGUUCAUUAAUAAUAAUGGGCUUAGUUGGUUUAGGCUGAUUUAAGUUAAGAAUGAAUAAGUCUUUGUGUUUGGGAUUAAGUUCAAAAAAAAAAAGAAAAAGAGUUACCAUUCCAUUAGAAAAGAAAGAAAAAAAGUGUGCAUCGUAUAUUUUGAUAUUAUGAUCAUCGAGGCCAGUAGUGUAUACUAUAUCAGAAUAAGUUCAAUAGUAUUGAGAGUUGUUUGUUUGAUGCACUUAAUAAGUAAAUUGUAUGUUUAAGGUUUUGUCCAACCUUAAAAGAGAUAUUACUUAAACAAGAGAUAUCACGUAUCA